AUGCUGGAACUGUCAGCAGAAGACCGGGAGUACUGUCAAGAUGUCACCACCCAGUUGCUCGACCGAACUUUGUUUGAAUGUGAGGAACUCGACUUGGACACGGCCGGCUCGAAUUGCCACGCACGCCUCGACAAUAAACGGUGGAAGAAGCUCCAGUCCCACUUAAGCGUGACGUUGUACGCCGAUCGACGCCCGAAUGCCGCGUGGCUCCCCGUUAUGCAUCGAGAAGACUGGGAUCAUCCUAUCUCGGUAGUGUCCAUCGGAGAGAUGAAUUGCUCCGUAGAUGACGUACUGCUCGCAUUGGUCACACCGGACGUUGCGACUCAGCGAAUGAGGAGCGUGCUGAGAGGUCGACGCCCCGAGGUGAAUUGUCGACAUGAAUCGAUAGUGAGGCCAUCGCAGACUGCUCCGUUUCAGAACAUGGCAGUAUCUCGCUCUGUAAACUCGCAGCAUUGGCCGUUCACGAUGUUUGUCGGACCCCGCGAAAUGGUUCUUGCGUGUGCCACAGGGGAAAUUACAUCCUCAAACGGGAACCGCUGUGGCUACGAAAUGGUGCAAUCGGUUGCGUUGCGAGACACAUACGCUCAAUCCUCCUCGCUGCCGCGAACGCAGAUGAUCCAAGCUCGAGUCUUUUGGGAGAAAUCCGACAGGUCGGUGAUAAUGUACAACAAGUUUGUCUAUGAUGCGAAAACCCGCCUCCCAGAUGCCGUCAAGCAGGGAGCUGUGUGUCGAGCGGCCAUGGACUUCUGGAAAUUCAUUCCACGCGCCAUUGAUCUGAAAAAAUUACGUUGGUGUAUGAAGAAUCGAAAGUCUUUGGCCCCGGACUUGCAGCGCUCCACUCUGUUGCUUGGCUGUGCUGGAUGUGGCGUUAUUACUCAAAAAUCCCAAAGUGCAAAUACUGGAGAACCAGAACAGCGUACACCAGGGAAACAGUGUGAGCUCUGUAAUAUGUGGCUGUGUGGGGCGUCAUACUGCCGGUCAGCUUGCCAGCUAAAGAUGGUUUGCAGCAGCGAAACGAAAAUGUACGAGCAAACGUUAAUGGUUUGUCCUCGUUGCAUUUCCUUCGUGCGAGGCCAAAGUGCAGAAAAUGUGGCUAGGUCCGAGCUGUCGGAGCUGCAGUCGUCACGUCAUUGUGGAGCAAUUACGUUGGCGAACUGGGAACAAGACUUGCUUUCCUCAUCUCCAGAGCCAUGUGUGCUGACUGACGACAAAUAA